GCAGAGGAGAGGAGUCCGUCACGGUGAUUUUAAAAACUCCUAACGGGGAAAAUGAGAGCGUGCUCCGUCAAAUGUGCUCUGGUCGGAACCUUCCUCUUUAUCAUCUCCACAAUCUUAUACAGACAAUACAGCAACGUGACACACAGGAAGGAUCCAGCAGGUGGCAGCAUCGACACUUCAGGUGACGAUGAGGUGGACUGGAGAAUCAUCCCAACUAUUCAACCAGAAGCAGGAGCGGUGGAGGCUCCAUGUUCUUUAAGGAAAGCGAUGAGACACAACCCUCUCCUCAGGAGGAGGUUCAGGUUCUUGGUGCCGGUCUUUCAGGGGAAAGAAAGUUUCUCCAAACCUGCCUGGGAAAGGCUGAGGAACCAGAGACCUCCUUAUGGCUGGAAGGGACUUCCUGUUAACGUCGUCAGAUCAGCCCUCUCCCUCCUCAACAGCUCGUCUGGUCUCUUUGAUCGAGGCUCACCUGGCAGGUGUGUUCGCUGCGCUGUGGUUGGAAACGGAGGCAUCCUCUUAGGAUCGGGACAGGGGAAGAUGAUCGACAGCCACGACUUUGUCUUCAGGAUGAAUGGAGCGGUGAUCAGAGGUUUUGAAGAGGACGUGGGGACAAAGAUUUCCUUCUACGGUUUCACCGCCAACACCAUGAAGAACGCGCUCCGCAUGUACCGAGCAGACGGCUUCACCAGAAUCCCUCAGAGCUCGAACAUAAAGUACAUCUUCAUCCCAUCAGACCUCAGGGACUAUGUGAUGAUUGCAGCUGCUGUUCGGAGUCAGACUGUCCGCUCAGGCAGGGACAUGGGCGACAGACCCUGGAAGUAUUUUGGCCACAAACCACCUGAGAGCUUCAAGAUUCUCCACCCGGAUUUUAUUUCCUAUGUGACACACAGUCUCCUUCAGUCUCCUCUGAUGACCGAUGUCCGGACUCGUCACCUGUACAUGCCGAGCACCGGAGCCCUGAUGCUGCUGACCGCCUUGCACACCUGUGACCAGGUCUCUGCUUUCGGCUUCAUCACCGAGGACUACGCUGCCUUCUCCGAUCAUUACUACGACUCCGUGAGGAGGCCUCUGAAGUUCUACUCCAACCACGACUUUCAGUUGGAGCGACGGCUGUGGGAGGUGCUGCACUACAACAGGGUCAUCAACCUGUACCAGAGGAGAGGAGGCAGCUGACGGAGGAGGUGGGGAUGAUACGUUCUCAGGACUAAAGAGCAGAAGGAGCUCAGGGUGAAAUUUAUUUUUUAUACAGACUUUAAACAAUUUUGGUAUUUUACUGAAUAGAGUUUUUUUACUUUACAGGUACUGACAGUACCUCUUUCAUUGUUGUGAAGAAAUUAUUUUAAAAGUAUUUGUUAGAUCUUUUGCGCACUGACAACAAAAACUGUAAAAAGAAAUUGACGAGGUGGAAUGACUGAUUGGUUAGUGCUGUUUUUUAGGAAUGAGGAAUCAGAUUUUGUUGUGCACAACAUUUUUUACCAAGAUAUGUCAACACAAAAUGUGUUUUAACAAACGUGUGUUCUGCUCGGUAAAAUCCCUGUUUUUGUCAAUGGAGUCUGGUAGAGAUAUAUAGAGAUGUUUCUGGUUAAAGUGAAAGGAUCUUCUUCUUUAAUAAAAAGUUCUGUCUCUGGAGGAAUCCUCUCAUCAUGUUGUGAAACUGAGAAGAACAAUCUGAGUCUGUCAGAGACAGAAACAAGAACUUUAAAGGGUGAAACUUUAAGGAGGAAUUUUUACAUACUUUAUGGUCUUUCUUACAUCAAGAGACACACUGUAGAUACUACGCACAUUUAAUUUUGUACAAUAUGCUGAAUUAAGUUUGAAAUUUUUUAUGUUUUUAUGUUAAAUUUUUUAAUUUUUUAUGCCAGAUUUUGAACAGUGUGUGUUUGAUAAAUUCAGCUGCAAUUAUUUUACAGGUGAACAUGUCUCUGUUUCAUGUGAAUGAUGCUAUGUUUUGUUACAUUUUAUAUAAUAAUUUUAUGUGAAAUGGGAUUUUCUUUUUGCACUGAUAUUUAAUUCCUAGUAAAUUUCAGAUAUUAUUGUUCUGAAGUAAAUUGAUUAUUCU